UGUAUGCUUUAGGUGUCAUCAACUUAUCCUUCUUCGUCUUGUUUAAUUUAAUUAUUACUAUAAAUAAAUAACUUGGUCUGAAAAAUUUAACGCUCUAUAGUAUUAUCCAAAAAAUUCAUUGAUAAUAAUGGAAGACGUCAUGAUGAAACGCUCUAAAUCAUCAUCAUCAUCAUCUUCCAGCUAAUGUUGUUUACAGCUUAGUCUCCAAAUACACCAAUUGUGUUCUUAGCUCCUUUCCUUUUCAGUAAAACCUAAAAAUUGGGGUUUCCAAGCGAUCUCGAAUCUCAAUUUUCGAGGCUUAACUAAAUUUUACAACUUUUGGCUUCAGCACAAUUAAAUGGGGCUUUGUUUAGCUAAGGAUCAAGAUAAAGAUGAUGAUUCUGACCAUCAUGUGGACAUGGUUUCUGGGAAUGUGCAACUUAUUACCACAAAAGAAUCUUGGGACCAAAAGUUGCAAGAAUCAUCGAAGGAUCACAAAAUUCUGAUUGCAAAUUUCAGUGCUGCAUGGUGUGGUCCGUGUAAGCUUAUUGCACCAUAUUACUGUGAGUUGUCAGAGAAAUACUCAUCAAUGAUCUUCUUACUAGUUGAUGUGGAUGAACUAACUGAUUUUAGUACUUCCUUGGACAUCAGAGCCACACCAACCUUCUUCUUUUUUAGAGAUGGACAACAAAUUGAUAAACUCGUAGGAGCCAACAAGCCAGAGUUGGCAAAGAAGGUUGCUUUGUUUUCUACUUCAUUUGGUUCCUCAAUACCAAAUUACCAGUAGUACAAUAGUGAUUGUAUUCAUCCUUUGCUACUCAAAUGGGUUUCUUGUAGUGGAACUAAUGUCAGUAUGUAUAGUUAAAACGAAGUUUGUCUUUUGAUGAAAUAUUAAAAGACUAUUGUGCCUUAGUAUUUGACAGAAUUUUACUUU